AUGGGUUUACUUCAAAAAAAUCCACAUAUCUUUAUAUUUUUAUUAAAUAUUCUAUUCACAAUAUUUUCAAUAGCACAAUCUCCUCGACAAACACCUAUACCAACAUUAACAUCAUACGUAGCCAGUAUGACCACUACAUCACCACCGUUAAAAAGUGAAGUAACUGUUACUCUUAAAGAUACAACAUUUACGAUUAACAGAACACCGGCUGAAACCCCUUCUCCUAUACCGUCAUGUCAAAUAAAAAUCACAAAUCCUCAUACUGGUGAUAUAUUUAGACCUGGUGAUAAUAUAGAUGUAUCAUGGAAAUUACUUGGUAAUGAAUGUUUGGUUGAUGGUGUCAUACCACAACAUCAAGUCAAUGGCAUUCUAUUUUCAAAUUUAACUAAAGGUGAAGAAUGGAAAUGGGAUUACCGACAGAAUCUUUAUCAUGAAACAAAUACCACCAUUUCUUCAUUUAAUUACUCUGUGCAAAUAAUAUUAUCUCCAAAUAUUCGAAAUUCAAGUUUAUUUUUCCUUGAUAUUGAAUUAACAUUUCCAAUGAAUCCUCCAGGUAUGAUAUGGGAUGUUAUAGGACCAAUUACUAUUUUACCAAUUCCAGAAGCUCCUCCAGAACAAAAUUUAACAGAUUCAAAUAAUAAUAUUCAUGGUGAAGAUAUUUUUUCUAAUUGGAAUAAAGAUAUUAAUAAUGAUACUAAACAAAAUUUUAAUAAUAAUAAUAAUUCUAAAGAAAAAACUAAUAAGAAACAAAUUGAUAAAAUUAGUAUUGCAAAUGAAUUAAAUAAUUUGUUAGGAUGGUUAUAUAUU